GGCUGGUGGGUCGGGUGGAGCGGCGCGCUCUGCGUCCCGGCGCUCGGCUUUCCCUGCCGGUCCCGCCCUCCGUCGCGGCGGCGCGGUGCAUCUUGGGAUAGGGAGCGAUCUCCGAGCGAGGCAGCAAGAUGGACGCGGGAUUCUUCCGCGGAACAAGUGCAGAACAGGAUAAUCGGUUCAGCAACAAACAGAAGAAGCUACUGAAGCAGCUGAAAUUCGCAGAAUGCCUAGAAAAAAAGGUGGACAUGAGCAAAGUAAAUUUGGAGGUUAUAAAGCCUUGGAUAACAAAACGAGUAACGGAAAUCCUUGGGUUUGAAGAUGAUGUUGUGAUUGAGUUUAUAUUCAACCAGCUGGAAGUGAAGAAUCCAGACUCCAAAAUGAUGCAAAUCAACCUGACUGGGUUUUUGAAUGGAAAAAAUGCUAGAGAAUUUAUGGGAGAACUGUGGCCCCUGCUCUUAAGUGCACAAGAAAACAUCGCUGGAAUCCCUUCUGCUUUCCUAGAACUGAAGAAAGAAGAAAUAAAACAGAGACAGAUUGAACAAGAAAAGUUGGCAUCUAUGAAAAAGCAAGAUGAAGACAAGGAUAAGAGGGAUAAGGAAGAAAAAGAAAGCAGCAGAGAAAAGAGGGAGCGGUCUCGAAGCCCAAGAAGACGCAAAUCCAGAUCUCCUUCCCCUAGAAGACGAUCUUCCCCUGUCAGGAGAGAGAGAAAGCGCAGUCAUUCUCGAUCUCCCCGUCACAGAACCAAGAGCCGGAGUCCUUCCCCUGCUCCAGAGAAGAAGGAAAAAACUCCAGAGCUCCCAGAGCCAUCAGUGAAAGUAAAAGAACCUUCAGUACAAGAGGCCACUUCUAACAGUGACAUCCUGAAAGUUCCCAAGCCUGAACCAGUACCAGAGCCUAAAGAACCUUCUCCGGAGAAAAACUCCAAAAAGGAAAAGGAAAAGGAGAAGACCCGACCAAGAUCUCGGUCGCGUUCCAAGUCAAGAUCCCGGACACGUUCUCGCUCUCCUUCUCAUACUCGACCGAGAAGGCGCCAUAGAUCCCGAUCAAGAUCAUACUCACCUAGAAGGCGGCCAAGCCCAAGAAGACGGCCAUCUCCUCGAAGAAGAACUCCACCGAGACGAAUGCCUCCUCCACCAAGGCACAGAAGGAGUAGAUCUCCAGUGAGACGAAGAAGGCGUUCAUCGGCAUCCUUGUCCGGGAGUAGCUCGUCCUCUUCUUCAUCUCGUUCCCGGUCACCGCCAAAGAAGCCUCCAAAGAGGACAUCCAGCCCCCCUCGAAAAACUCGUAGGUUAUCUCCUUCAGCAAGUCCUCCGAGGCGAAGGCACAGGCCAUCACCUCCAGCAACUCCACCACCAAAAACUCGUCAUUCCCCGACACCCCAGCAGUCAAACCGUACGAGGAAAAGUCGUGUUUCUGUCUCUCCAGGGAGAACUUCAGGUAAAGUGACAAAACAUAAAGGUACUGAGAAAAGAGAGUCCCCUUCACCAGCACCCAAGCCUAGAAAAGUAGAGUUAUCUGAAUCAGAAGAAGAUAAAGGUGGCAAAAUGGCUGCAGCAGAUUCUGUGCAGCAGAGACGCCAAUACAGACGACAGAACCAGCAGUCUUCCUCUGAUUCUGGCUCCUCCUCUUCCUCAGAAGAUGAGCGACCCAAAAGGUCCCAUGUGAAGAAUGGUGAGGUAGGCAGGCGGCGGAGACAUUCCCCUUCCCGGAGUGCCUCUCCAUCACCUCGAAAGCGCCAGAAAGAGACUUCCCCUCGGAUGCAGAUGGGAAAGCGAUGGCAAUCGCCAGUGACUAAAAGUGGUAGACGGAGGAGAAGCCCCUCCCCACCGCCUGCCAGAAGGCGACGUUCUCCUUCUCCUGCUCCUCCGCCUCGUCGACGCAGGUCUCCCACACCACCACCACGACGCAGGACUCCUUCUCCUCCCCCACGUCGUCGCUCACCUUCCCCAAGAAGAUACUCUCCUCCAAUACAGAGGAGAUAUUCUCCUUCUCCACCUCCAAAGAGAAGAACGGCUUCACCCCCUCCCCCUCCUAAACGAAGGCCAUCACCGUCUCCACCACCAAAGCGUCGGGUCUCCCAUUCGCCACCUCCCAAACAAAGAAGCUCCCCAGUCACCAAGAGACGUUCACCUUCGUUGUCAUCAAAGCAUAGGAAAGGGUCUUCCCCGAGCCGAUCUACCCGGGAGGCCCGGUCACCACAACCAAACAAACGGCAUUCGCCCUCACCACGGCCUCGAGCUCCUCAGACCUCCUCAAGUCCUCCAGCUGUUCGAAGAGGAGCAUCGUCAUCACCCCAAAGAAGGCUGUCCCCAUCUCCAAGUUCUAGGCCCAUUAGGAGAGUCUCCAGGACUCCGGAACCCAAAAAGAUAAAAAAAGCUGCCUCACCAAGCCCUCAGUCGGUAAGGAGGGUCUCAUCUUCCCGAUCUGUCUCGGGAUCUCCUGAGCCAGCAGCUAAAAAGCCCCCAGCACCUCCAUCCCCUGUCCAGUCUCAGUCACCCUCUACCAACUGGUCACCAGCGGUACCGGUUAAAAAGGCUAAAAGCCCAACACCAAGCCCAUCACCGGCAAGGAAUUCAGACCCAGAAGGAGGUGGAAAGAAAAAGAAGAAAAAGAAGGACAAGAAACACAAAAAGGAUAAGAAGCACAAGAAGCACAAAAAACACAAGAAGGAAAAGGCUGUAGCUGCAGCUGCUGCAGCUCCUGUGACCCCUGCAGCCAUUGCUGCUCCCACAACCGCGUCAGCACAGGAAGAACCAGAGGCAGAGCCAGAGCCUAAGAAGGAGACUGAAAGUGAGGCUGAAGAUAACCUUGAUGACUUAGAAAAGCACCUGCGUGAAAAGGCCCUGAGAUCAAUGCGGAAGGCUCAAGUGUCCCCACAGUCCUAGGUGGAAAUGUUUGUUAUGAUGUAAAUUUUAUUUGGUUUGUACGCAAUUCAGUUUCAAAAUUGCUAAAAAUGUGUUUGAGCUUUAGACUAUAACAUUUGUUGUAAUAAUUGCUAGGUUGAAGUUCACCAUGUAAAAAAAAAAGGGCAUGGAUUUACAUUGCAAAAGGUGUCCACAGUGUAUUAGUGACAUUCUUUCAUUGACAGCUGACAUAAAUUCAUUUAGAGUGAAAUAUUUUAAGCCAAAAAAAAAAAAUCCCCUUUUUAAAAAAGGGGGUUUAAAUAUUGUUGGCAUUCUUAUGGUUCCAUUAAAUGCCCCUGUCUAUUCCCAGAGGUUUUUCUUUCUACUUUUUCUUUCUUUUUUCCUUUUUCUCAUUUGAGUCUUAGCACCCAUUUAAGUUAUGAUGCUUCCAACCUUGUAUGGUUUUUGCAAGCUUUCCCAGAAAUAAGACCACUGUUGAACUACCACAAAAGUAUAAAUGAAUAUUUUAAUACCACAAUCUUUCCUGUUGCCUGUGGAGUCUCUGCUGAAAUGAAUCAGGAUUCGAGCUCUAGGAUGAGACAGAAAAUGAAAGCAUGUUGUUUGCCAGGACACUGUGGGUUUAUAUUGAUGUGUAACAAGUUGAUUUGGAACACUGGAAUUUCACUCUGUUCUGUUUAUUUUUAUUUUUUGUAAAGGCAGUUAACUAGUCCCAGGAAGGAUCCUUCAGUUACAUAAAAUUUUGUUUUAUGAAACGUCAUGGCUCCAUUCAUAAUUUUGUCUUGUUCUUCCGAUUGGUAUAUACAACUUUCAGAGCUCUUGUAUUUGGAAAGCUGGAAGGGCCCAGACUUUGAAAUAGUGUCUUGUUUUCACUGUUUUUGUUUUGUUUUUGUUGGGGUUUUUUUUGUUUUUUUUAAACUAAAGCUAUAUAAAGCUUGUGGAUUAAACAAUAAAUUUCUAAAUUUAAAAAUGUUGGCCACUCACUUUUACUUACCCAUCUCAAUACGGCAGGAAACCUACCUUAGAAAUCUUACAGUGCCUUUACCCCCUUGGCACCUUUGGCAGAGUGAGGAUUAGACAAGAGAAAAACAAGGUGAUGAAAUUGUCUUACCAUCUUUAUUUUAGUAAUUAAUGUGAUAAAUGCCAUGAAGGGAAAGCACACAGUGAGAUUGCAACACAUAUAAUGGGCUAAUCAGCCAGGCAUAGGGGAAGAGUUUCAGGCAGAGCAAACAGUAUCUGUACACCCCAAGACAGAAGAAGCCUGGCACAUUCCAGGAAGCGAACGAAGGUUAAGAAAUGACUGGAGCAACCUCCCUCUAUUGGGGGUGUGUGUGUGUGGUGUGGUGUGGUGUGAGCAAUAUAAUUUGAGGAAACUUGGGAGUUGAUAACAUUGUAUAAGGUAAAACAACAACAUUCAUAAGAAAGAAGGAAUUUUUGGCAAGUGAAUUUAAGCUUAGCAAGUUGUCACAUAGGCAGUUAAUUUGAUUAUAGUUUCUGGCAGUUGAAGCAAAAAGAAGGAAAAUGCCUACAUGUCUUAAUUUCAGGAAAACUUAGUGGGCAGUUUUUUAUCUAAAGGAUAUGGACAUAGAGGGGCUAUUUUUACAGGUGGGUUUUUAGAGUGAUUUGUAACAAGUCAAAAGCUUAUUAAUGAAGCUGCUUUUGUAGCGACUGAACUAAGGUAUCUAGAGUGACUCUCCACCAUUGAUAGAAUCUUACAUGUGUCUGCGGCAACUUAGAGCUUUCAGGGAUCUUCCACAUGACUUCCUUUUGACUUUAUAAUUCUGUGAUGUAGGAAAUGCACAGAAUAUUCCAGUUUGUGCUUGUUUUUUAUUUGUUUUUUGGCCACUGAGCAUGUGGGUUCUUAGUUCCCCAGCCAGGGAUCGAACCUGUGCCCCCUGCAUUGGAAACGUGGAGUCUUAACCACUGGACCGCCAGGGAAGUCCCCAGGAUAUCCGGUUUCUAAGAUCGUUGCAGCUGAUUUACCCCUUUCAGUAUGAACAAAGCAAUGAACAUCACUGGAGUACUUGGAAUCUAUCUAGCCAUUCACUCAUUCAAUCCAUUUAUUCACUUGUCCCAUUUAUUCAACACGCUUUCAUUCCUCCACUUGACUGAACUGCUUGUUAAGGUUAGCAGUAACUUCCAUUUUGCCAAAGUGAGCGAUCAAUUCUCCAUCCUUUACUAGCCCUCUUGGCAGGAGUUGACUCAGUCAUUCACUCCUUUGUCGACACACUUCCUUCUCUUGGGUUCUAGGGGGCAACACUGGUUUACCUUCUAGAUGCAGCGCUAGUUUUCCUCCUACCUCAGUAGCUCUUUCAUCUCUAGUGGAUCCUUUGAAACGUGAAGUGAUGGAGUUUGUAGGGAAUGCCACCAAGGACACUGAAUCCCUAGUCCCUUAAAUGUCUUUUUGUGUGUCAAAGUUCUUUCCCGUCUAGACUUCCUGACCUAGACCUCUAUCGAGCUACCUAGUUAAUAACUUCAUUUGGAUGUCUAAAAGGCAUACCGAAUUGAACAUAUCCUCUGAUUUAUCUGUCCCAUUCAGUACCUGUCAUUCUCAUUUACUCAAAAUUGAGUUGAUACUGUCAGUGGCAGCAUUGUCCACCCUCCAGUCCUCAUGCACACAAGGCCAUUCUGUUCCCGGCAGCCUGUCAUGAUAGUACCGCUCAAAACCCUCAGCUCCUUUUUUCUGCUUCAGAGUAAAAUCCAAAUUUCUUACUCUGGCCUGCAAGACCCAGUAGCACCUAGUUUGGCACCUUCAUCUCUACUCCUCAGUCUGCUCAAGCCAUACCUACCUCCUUGCCCUUCCUUUAAACCUCUCUCGGGGCCUUUGUCCUCACUGCCGGAUCUGACAUGUUUACUUUGUUUUCUUCAGACACUUGUCUGAAGAACAACUUCGUCUCCUCUGUUUUCAUCUAUAGCAAUUAUUACCACCUGAGAUGAUGUUUUUGGUCCUUAGGAACUUGGUCUUGUAUGUGACUGUGUCCCCAAUGCCUGGUACAUCGUAGAAGGACAAAUGCUCGAUGAACCGAUGAGUAAAUAAGUUUAAUUGACUGUCAUUGCCUCUGUACUUGCAAGGCACUACUAGGGCUUGAGGUAAAGAAAAUGAAGACAUGGUGAUUGCUGCUCUCUAGUAUUUGCCCACUGGGGGUAAAACACAUGCAAACAAUUUGGAGUGGACAAGAACAUAGAGUUUGGUAGACCAGGGUUUCUAUUUCGCAUAGCUUUCUACAGUGUGACCUUGGUCAAGUUACUUGGCCUCUAAGUGCUGCCAUUUCUUCUCUCCGAGUUAAAUAAUGGUGGAAUCUACUUCAGAGUUGUUUUUGAAGGGUUAAAUGUGAUAGUUAAUACAUAUAAAGCAAUGAUAGUACAAAGAGGUUCCCAUUUUCUUAGCUAACGUAAUAUGUGGUCAUUCUAGUAACUAUGGUAAAUUUUAGUUUGGAUGUCUAAAAAGGAUUUUAAUUAAUCAUAGCCCUAUUUAAUGUAAUUUUUUCUUUUUUUUCUUUUUAAUAAAAUUCACCAUUUUAAAGUG